AUGGCUGCUCGGGAAUGUGCAGUAAUGGCGGUGGAAAGGGGUUUCUCUAAUUAUGUCAUUAAGAGCGAUUCUCUCCAUAUCGUCACUGCUUUAAGGACUACCACUACUGAUCGUUCUGAGAUCGGCCUUAUAGUGAAAGACACCAAAAGCUUGCUGGUUCUGCUCACUGGAGAAGUUACUACUCAUAUCCGUCGUACUGCGAACAUGGUGGCUGAUCGAUUGGCCCGGCUUGGUAGGAAUAUUGGUGCAGAUCUCACUUGGUUUGAGGAACCACCAGAUUUUAUUAUUGAUAUGUUAUUUGAGGAUUGUAACUAG